ACUGAUUGCGUUUCUAGUUUACACCGACAGUUAAAAAGCAUGGUAGGCUUGAGAACCACAUUAACAUGUAUUUCUAUAAUUCAUUUUAUACAUUUGAUAAAUUGCAAUGUAAUAUUCGUUAUCGAUUCCAAUGAUCUAGAUGAUCUAGCUAGCAAACUAACUCCAAGCGAAGAACACCCAUUUAUAUUUACUAAAAAGGUGUCCACUGAAAAGAGAAAGAUUCCUCCAUAUAUAACACCGGAAUAUGAUUACGACAGAAAAUUUCUCAGGAACAUAUUUAAGCCCAAAUACAGACUGCCUGAAAAUAAUAGAAACGUACUCCAACAAGUUUACAAAUCAAUGUUCAAAUCUAAAACCUACAAAGGCCGAAACCCAAUCAACGCCAUCUUGAAGUUAAUGGGCAAAAAAAAUGGCCGACAUGUUUUAAGGGACCAUGAAGACAUUGGAGCUAUGGAUAGUAAAAUUUAUGAUCCUUCGAAUGUUCAAAGUAACAGGCCGGUGGAAAUACCCAUUGAGUUGACUCAAAAAAAGAAAAAAGAGAUCCAAUAUAAUUUUCCUACAUUUUCUCUGUAUGAUUAUUGGACGUACGAUAAGUCGCUGUUCCAAGACCGCUGUCCGAUAAACACGGCUUUAGUUGGCAGAUACUGCAUCCAUGCGCCACACAUAGUCACGUAAAUAUUCAUUUCAAUAAUAAAUAAUACAUACCUA